AUGUGUUCUGUUGUUAGGCAGAAUGGCAGACCAGCCAAAGCAGGGCGCAUACAACUCGGGGAUUACCGGUUGCAAAUCCAAGCUCUCACAGAGUCGGUGGUAUGCGUCUACGUGCUUCUGCCUGCAGGAACCUCUCGCGCAAGUGAUUCGGCCCCCUCUCAUAACACGACAUUACUUGAACAGGCCCACGAACGGAUCCGAAUCCUACAGGGAAGUCGGGGCCGUACCGGCCAUGCGAGCCCCAUGAGUCAGCUCUUGUUUCUGGAGAGGAUUGCUGCUGACUGGCUUCGCAACGACACACGUUUAUUGCCAACCGAUGAAACGAAUGCCACUUUAUAUGUCCCUCGGCAAAUGCUGAAUACUACCCGGGUCCCCAGCAACCCUGCGUCCGUGCCUGAGAAUGCAGCUAACGAUGAUAGUGUUCCCACAUCUAACUCAGACGAUAAAAACUCAGAAGAUGCUAUUCCUCUGCCUAGGAUAAGGAAGAAGAAUCGUCCGUAUACCGAUGAAAGUGGUCAGGAGCACGAGAGUUCUGGUCAGUUAGACGAUCCGAAGAGCAAAGGGCAGGACGAAGAAGAGUCUAUUCAAGAGACGGACAACUCGAGUGUCACCGAGGAUCAGCUAGAGCAACAGCCUGCACAAACUGUGAAAGCUGGUCUUCCCAACGUGUACGAUUUCCGAAUGCAUACAGAGGGCACACAAGAUGCAACGGGGCUAGGGGAGCCCCCAAAAGGCAGCACUCCAGACGGUGGACCCUCACAGCAGCAACUGUUAUCGAGUGCCGCAUUGGUACAAGGCAUAAUGCAAGGACUAAGACAGUUUUUGGGGAAUCGUGAAGCGUCUGUUGUGCCGCCCGAAGCCUUCCAGGACAACAGCGUUCGUCCUGGGGACCCUACUGGUUUACAGGUGACUGAAGGAAACCAGUCGUUGAAUAUAGAGCAAGACAGGGAAUUGGUGGAAAAAGAGGGACCACCGGAAGAAGGGAUAAGCCAGGGUCUACGCGAACUGGAAUUACUCAGGUCGGCCCGGAGGAGGCGUAAUCAAAAAGGUGCAACAGUAGUUACGAGAAGGUGUGCAGGCAAAGCGUCCACACCGGAUGCGGACGCCGUCGAACUAGACGGAUGUGCCUUCGAUGAUGAGGCUUACGAAUUUCUUAACAAAGCUCAACGCAUGCCCGUGCCGUCACAGGUGACCCCAACAGAUAGAAGCUUUCGCGGCCGCAGCCGGCAACAGCAGAACAGUGCAACUGACGGGCCGCCGUGUGUGUUGUGGCGACAAGGUUGCCUUCUAUGUGGAUGUUUCGCUGGAGAGGUUGUUUGUUCCCCUUAUUGCGUACUGGGAGACUUCGCAUACGGAGCGAAACCGGCCGCAGCGGUUGGUAAAUCAAUUCAUGAAGAAGAUAGCACAGCUCAACCUGCAUUAGAAACGAGUGGUUCCAGUUGCUGCUUAAUGGACAGAGGAGAAGCCGAAAGGCUUCCUGCACUGUUCGUCUCUACGCCCGCUAUUCUUCGUUCGAAUCCUUAUGGCCUAUGGGACGAUGGCAUAAAACCACGGAAGAGGAAGGGAAAACCAACUGCUGCGGAGGAGACGGACAGCGAACAAAAAGUUCAGGACGAUAAAGAGAUUGUCUCGAUGUCUUCAUCAGCGACAGCAUCAAAACCAGAAAUAGUCACGGAAACCGCCGGUGAGCCCAAAUAUACAGACAGAGAAAAAAAUACGCAAAAUAGGAGAGGUGAGAGCCAGAAUGGUGAUCACGCAUUAGGAGGUGGGGAUCGAGGUACUCACGGACCCGGUUCCAGGGACGACAAAUCAGCUGGGGGCGGCAGCCAUGAUGGCGGAAACUUGGAUCAAUUUGCACUACCCACACUCGUUGAUGAUGCUAUGCGUAAUUCUUUCUCUCCGAUUGCUGAGGAGGUUACCAGAAUUGCAAUUGCGGCAGCCACGAGAGCGGCAAUGGAAGCCGCUGCGAAGGCAGCGGUUGAGGCAGCAAUCAGACUGGUGUCGGGAGGUGCCAGCGAGCCACCAACGGAAGCUAUAGACAGACAAAAUGAGAAGCACCGCGUCACUGAAGACCAACAGACACCCGGUAAUAAGCGCGUUCAAGGCGAUCAAGAAGGAAGAAGUUCCCCCGAAUCUCCAGUGUCUAGUCAGGGAGCUUCCGCGGGUCCCCCAAUCUCGGCAGCAAUGAUUUCCAGAUACCGAGAGCAGCUGAUGGGUGAUGCAGGGAACACAGCCUUAGGCGAGCAAAUGGCGGCAAUGAUUGCUAGAGAAAUCGCUCAGUCAAACGGAUUACCUAUGCCAACUGACGGGGGUCAUUUUCCAGCAGGAACAACCAGUGGUUUUCUCGUGCAGCCGCCGUACGCCCAGCAGGGUGCAAGCUUGAUAUCUGGUCGACUUUCGGAGGAACCACGAGGUCCUGGAUCUUCUUCUGGUCAGCCUCAAGGCAGGGGAAACGCGCCUCAAUCAGGGGGAAGCAACAUCGGUGACGUAUACGGUGGACCUCCUCCUACGUGUCCCUCUGAUUGCGAAAUUUACUUCGAUGGAUGCACGACUUGCAGGUGUACCGACGGAGGGGCCAUGUGCAGAUACCGGUGGUGCGCUCAAAUUGUCUCCGCACCCACCUGCUUGAAAAGUAAGAAUAUUGGAUCGGAAUCAACUGAACGGUCGCUACCUGGUCGUGUGUUAACGUGCACCAGCAGAACCGCCUCGAGAGCACUUUACUUAGCCAUCAGCGUAUUCAAGCAACCUACCGAAUGUUGGUAACACACGACCAUGCUGACCAAGGAAAGUGCACUAUUUCUGCCGCCGGAACGCUGGUGCCUCCCACCGUCUUCAAUCAUGGUGACGUGGAAGGCUACGGCGGUGUCAUUGUACACCUUAGAACAGAAACUAGCUGCCUUGAAUGAAAAAGUCACCUAGGACCAAGGCCGGUUCAGCAUUCGAGAUGAUGCGAGAUAGCAGGUGGAGGGUGUAUCCGUCAACAUGACAGAGCAUGUCUACUGGU